UUAUUUUAGAUGAUUCACUUUCAUAAGGUUGGAUACAUUGGCCAUUGUCUUGGGAAGUGUGAUGCUACAUUUCUGAAAACGUGAAAUGUGCUUAAUAUAUGAAAUAUGCAUAGAAUUAUAUAAAAUUUUGAAAAGUUUCAAGUAUUCUUUAAGGCUUGGUUUAGCUACACUUUUCAUUGCCUUGGCUUUAAGAAUGGUAGCAUCACUAAUUGCAGCUUUUGGAGCAGGUUUUACAUUAAAAGAACAAAUCUUUGUCACUUUUGCAGGGUUACCGAAGGCUACAGUUCAGGCAGCCAUUGGUCCUGUAGCACUUGCACUGGCACGUAAGAAUAAAUUAGGGCCAGAGAUUGAACAGUAUGGAAUACAGAUUCUAACAGUGGCUGUCCUUGCUAUUUUAAUCACUGCACCACUGGGAGCAACUGCAAUAAGUUUACUUGCACCAAGACUUUUAGAAAAUAAUGCAUCUGACAUUACAAAUUCUAAAUCAAAACCAACAGUAAGGAAAAGCAUAGUCAACAUCUUCAACAGUAAUCAUUGCUCAUGCAACAGUUUCAACCAAAAGGAAGAUAGUAAAUCAGACAGAAGUGGUAUAGAAAGCAGCAAUAACAUAUAUACAAUAGCUAGGCUUUGACAGAAAAUAAAAAUAUUAAUUCUAGAUUGUAAUACAAAUGAACUGCACAGUUCUGCUGUUUCUUUAUAUUUCAUGUAAAGCCAUUAAAUCCACCUGAUAGUUCCAAGAUCACAAAGCAUAUAAUUUAUUUCAAUGUAAUUAGUAUCAAAACAAAUACCUUUUAAAUCUAAGCAUUAACAGUACAAAUUGUACUAUACACUGAUUGUGCAAGCUGCACAAAUCCCUUUAAAGAAAUAUAAGACUUUAAAACUGAUGCUAGUACAUUCAACAAACUGAAAUUAUAGAUAAAAUAUAACUAUUACUCACUGGUUAUUUUGCAUAACUUUACAGAAUAUGACACCUUUGGUUAUUAACAAAUAUUGUACAAUUUUCACAUUUAUUGUAGUGAGUGUUAAAAGAUAUCAUAACAUUUUUUUACUCAACAGUAAAAUUUGUAAUGAACUGUUAA